GCGGUCACUGACUCAUGUUUCUUUUCUUUAGUUCGACUUUUCUUAUUUUAAACUUCAAAAUGUGUUUUUGUUUUUAUUAAUAAUAGACCAAUGCAUUCAGAAAUCGUUUACGGUAGUGAAGCUCACUGUGUUGUAAUUUGAAUGCGAGUGAAACUGCAGUGAAGUUGCAUUGCACCUGCUCUGUUUUUUUUACCAUAGACGGAUAUACACAAGCUGUACAAUGGCAGAAAAAAAGAUCCAAGAGAAUCCGCUGCCCGAGCCAGCGGAGCCCGCUCAACCCAAGCCAGAGCCGAAACCCCGCUUCUGCAUGCCGUCCUUCACGAAGACCCCUCCGCAGGACUUAUAUAGGCAGCUGUUGCCGGCUAUGCUGUUCUUGCUCACGUUCGUGACAGUUAUGACGAUGCUGCUUACUUAUAUGGACACUUUUGCGAGAGGCGCUCAGCAGUUCCGUUUGAACAUGAGUCGCGACUACGAACUGAAGAUCCCGCAAGAGUCCGACUAUCUGGUCGCAUACGUGCGUCAGUGGCAUCUUGGACCUCGUCCCAACAAAGAAACUCCUGCACCAAUCUAUACAGACCAGGCUAAGGUGUUGGAUCAGCUGCUUGGAGAAGUGUACAAUGGCACAUUCGUCGAGAUCCUUCCUCGCGGGCAUCGUGACCCUACCACCCUGUUUCUCGAAGUGGAGCGUGGCUGGAGCGGCCUAGCUGUUAGGGCUGCCCCGAGAGACCAUCUAGAACUUGGUGGAUCAGCGAGGACUUUAAACGCUUGUCUUAGUCCCCUCGAUCAUCCUAUACAGGUUCCCUUCAAUGAAUCCGAUGAACACGAUACUUUCUUUAGAUCCCGCGUCCUCUGCCUGCCGCUAUACACCGUGUUACUCGCAGCGGAGGCCACUCGCGCGCACUACGUACUCCUCGGCGGGCCCCCUCAUUUACAUCAUGUGCCCUUCCACAAGGUUCAGCUCAAGGUGAUCGAGUACCGUUCCAACGACGAGCUAGCCCGCAACCAGACUGCGCAGUUCCUUCUCACGAAGAACUACACCGUGGCCGCCACCUUCCCUGAUUCCAUCAUGUUCGCGCUAAACCACUGAGUGAGUUUACUGUCGAGUCGCAUACAUUUUGAAAAGCUUAACUAAUUAAACUCAGCACACACUAUACUGUUAGAUCGAGAGAUAAUUAUUUAUUCAUACCCACAACAUACACGGCUUAGGGCCGGUUGCAUGAAACCGUCUGUCACCGCUAAAGCGUUCGUUAAAUUUUAUUGUAUGGGAAGUCUAUAGACAUCUGCUGCGUGAUGAUGAUGUGUCUGUCAAAUGUGGUUGAUGCAACUGGCCCUUAGACUAACUAACAAUAAAAAUGUUAAAAAAUAUGCAGAACCUAAUAAAUAAAAAUUGCUUACUUAUGUAUCUAGUAAGUAAUUAUUACUACUAAUAGAAUUUUUACAAAUUGCGAAUAAGUAAUUCGUGUCGAUUUAAAACA